GACUGUACAAUAGUAUGUUCUAUCCUGGCAGCUGAAUUCGUGCUAAUCUGUCAAAUUCGGAAAAGAUCCAGCAUUCAUAUUGCUUCGUAAACAAACAACUCCGCUACGGACAUUGCUGAUUUUAAUCCGAUAAAAUUGUUAAGCGUACAAACAUCCUGCAUCGGUGUCUAGUGCUCAAUGAAAACACCACUGCUUGCUCCAACAGUUGCGUUAUGAACUCGAAUUAUGUGCAAAAAUUCACCGACUAUUUGCAAAACAUACCGGCUCACAAAACUUCCAAACCCGUUGUAGAUCAAACCAGUACCUCCAGUUCGGUUGUGGCGAUGCAACCACAAUCGAAGCCAUUGAUGAACAAACCUUCGAGCAAAAAAAUCUCCGGAAAGAACGGUCAACCCGGACCAGCCGUUGUCGGUGGGGUCGGUAUCCGGCGUCCGGUUUGGGUUGUGCCAUCGGCAGCUAGCUCUCAACUUCCGCAUCAGCCCGCGGAUGAGCGUAAAUUUGUACGGACAUGCUGCCCCUCGCGUCGCGCCGAAUCGGUCCGACCUUUGCGAAGGGUGGACUGUCGUUGGGCGGAAGGUGACAAACCUCAAACCCCACUUAUUGCCUCAGUGCCCAAGGGUGAUGUGAUUCCGGUGGAAAAAUGUCCCGAUACGCCGGAACCAAAGGAGCUCAGUCUAGGACACGGUGACGGUCUUGGCGAUAACGUCAAUCACCAACACAAUCCAGCGCUCGCAUCAGAGGAUCUGACAGCUGGCGACGGACACGAUAAAAGUGGACAAAAACGGACGCCAGAGGAAUUUUGGGAUCGUCAACCGUCGUCCUGGGCCGGAAUGCUGUCCAAGGCCCAUCCCCGCACGCAACCCGCCGUCAAACGAAAGAAUUCAUACCGGAGCGAAUUAGAGGAUACAAUGGAUAUUUCGAACGACGAAGGUGUGCUGGAAUUUUCCGAGAAGACUCCCACUAGCGGAGAUGGAAGAGAUCUAUUCACUUUUCAGCCUAUAAGAACUUUACAGUUUUUAACGCUCGAAUUGACAACUAAACUACGCGAUUUGGGACCAGAGCAUCGGCCACUGUACAAAAUUGGCAAAGAGUUAUCAGAUGUGGUAAAGAUACUGACUCGCCAGCAGUUAGAGCCAUCCAAGAUCAACAUUCCGGCGCUGCAUCCGAAGACUGGGCCGGCAGUCGAAUGCGAGAAUUGUUCAGUGCUUCAGCGCAAUCUUCAGAGCGAGAUGGACCGACACGCCCUGGAAAGCUCGCAGCAUCAUGAGGCGAUUAAUAAUCUUAAGCUCGAUCUGGCGAACAAAAUAAAGGCCACUGAUGCAAUGACGGCGCAGUACGGGCGUCUCGAGGAGCAGUUCGCGAAACUGAGGGACGACGUCGAGGCAAAGCAAACCCUGGAGCUGGAAGUGAUGGAGGAGCUUCGGCGUAAGGUUAAGGAAGCCCGAUGCAGGCAGCAACAGCUGGAGCAGGAACGCAACUCAGCUGAGGCCCGCCUAAUGGAGGCCCUGAUGGACAACGAGCGGAUGGAGUUUCUUCUGCACACUCAAGACAGCAAUUUCAGCCGCGUUAAAAGCGAGCUGAGUACCAUUCACAAACUUUCCGCCAAGCAGCUCGAGUUUCUGGACGAUCCUGGCAAUGAUGGUCGGGUGUUGAGUGCAGUGGGCAACCAACGUCAUCGCCGUCAGGCGUCGGCUAAGCAACGGGUGGAGUGCAACAUCACCCCCACCAGCACUUCCUUGAGCUCCCGGCCCCCCUCAGACGCGCUAUCUCCUGCCAAUCUUCAUUCGGCCACCUCGCUCCGCCAGCGCUUGGUAAUCGAAACGGAACAAAGAAACGGAAAGCCAUGCAGCAAGGGCUCGUCGGGGCCGGAAAAGCCCGCAAUCACGCCCGAACCGGAUUCGAUUCCAACCGAAUCGAUGCCUUCGUUAGCGCCCUCGCUAUCGGAUCAGGAUAACUCAUCGCACGCCCGAAGGAGCACUGCCCGGCGCAGGAUUUCCACCUCAUCGGACGUCGGCUCAUCAGGCCUGGGUAGGCUUUCCGGGCUGGCGACGAGUCACGAUGCGCUGGCCUGUGCCCGCGGCCCGCGAGAUAACGAAUGUGAAGACCACCGGUCAUCCCGCGCCACCACCACGACCACUCCAACCCCGGUGAUCAAUGGAGGGCACGAUGACAACCGCAACUGUCAACUUCGGGCGAGACCGUUCACUUCGUGUUACAGCACCGGGCACCGGAAGUUUGGCCGGGCCGAAAAGCGUUCACCCGGCGGCACAUUCGAGGGCCAUCGAGCCGGCGACAGCGAGACCAUGAAAUGGCAAAACGACGAUAAAAACCACGGUCCAGCGAGCCCCGCCAGCUUCCUCACCUGCGACGGCUCGCCGGACGAUUCAUCGCGGGAAAACGCUGCUGCAGAUUAUGAACGCGGCAAGAAAAUGGAUGGCCCGGCCAGUCAUUACGUUGUCCGGUCGCGAGCAGCCAGCCUUGGUGGUGAUCAGCCCGCAUCACCGGUGACACUCGAUGACCAUCAGCAGUUCGUUGCCGAACUUGCGGAAAACAUCACCCUGCCACCGUCACCGGUUCCUUACAGGGGGAACGUUUCCACCGGGUCGCAGCUAUCGGACAAUGAUGAGCCCGGCCGGAGGGGUGAGUCUACCGAACCAUCCCGCUGAAUCGUCAGUAGAUAUAACUUCUUACCCCCCGUGUUUGGGCCAACGGAAAAUGAUCAAGUGAGGAAACUAAUUACCAAAACACAAAACGGAUGUUACAAGAAAACGACCCCAAGGUAACUGGAAGGCAACGAAUGUGCGUGUACUGUAACGCAAAUUAAAUUGACGACCGAAUUGUUUUGCUUUUCUAGAAAAGGAAUUUUCCUCCCAGGAUGUGUUUUUCUCUGUAUCUGAGGGUAUCGUGUUUCACCAUCACCGCACCGUUUGCCUUUCCUAGCUAAGCUAAUUAAUUUCAGUCUUUACGCAGUUUCCAUUCCUCUGAAGUCGACGUUAGGUAGAUGAGAACAGAUUUUAGAUUCCUAAUAAUCGGUGUUAAUUAAAAUUUCCCAAGUAUUCUCUACGCUGGAGGCUGGUUUAAUCUAAGUGAUCACUGUACGAUUUGUUCAACCACAACCGCAAACGAACAUUCAUUUGGGUUCAUAAAAUAUUUGAAGGUAAAAAUCGUGCUUAAAACUGAAACCAAAAAAGAAACAAAAUUCAUAUCAUAAGCUAACCACGCUCGGCCUGCACUAGAAAUAUGCUACCGUGGUUCACUUUUUGUCAAACAAAGACUUCAAUGACCAAAAACACCGCUCUUUUCGACCGCCAUUUUGUGGUACCUCUCGGGUGGCAUUGGCAACGAGACGCCCCCUCGGAAGGUUCCAAAUCCCCUCCGAACUCGAGUGUAGCUGGAAAAAAGAGGACAAAAAUAAAGCA